AUGACCGGAACCAACACGACCCCUCACAUCGGAGAAACUCUUCGGAUAUGGAAACAAUUGCAGGAAUUGAAGGAGGAAAAGACAGCGAUUGUACUCGAUGGUAACAACCUCGAUAUCGCUUCUAUAGUUGCGGUUGCCCGCUAUGGAGUCAAGCCUACCAUUAGCACAGACGAGCAUCUUGCCAAGCGACUCGAACAUAGCGUCAACACCCUCCUCGACUAUUUAUCACAUCAAUACGUGGUUUACGGAGUGAAUACCGGGUUUGGGGGGAGUGCCGACACGCGAACUAGCGAUGUUCUCGAUCUGCAGAUCCAUUUGCUACAGCAUACCCAGAGCGCAAUCAUCACAUCAGCGGAUAAGGACCCCGCCAGCAAUUCGGAGCGAGAACCAUCCCACGUCAUGCCUCCUGCUUGGGUUCGCGGUGCCAUUGUCGCCCGAGCAAACCAGAACCUCCGGGGCCACAGUGCCAUACGAUUGUGUGUGCUUCAGAGCUUGCUGGAUAUGUUACACCACGACAUAAUUCCAAUGAUUCCCCUCAGAGGAACUAUUUCUGCGUCUGGAGAUCUCAUGCCUAUGUCUUACAUUGCUGGAGCUAUCGCCGGUAACCCGGAUGUCUUUGUGCAGGUGGGUAAAGGCAAAGAGGCUAGAGUCAUACCCGCGUCAGAAGCGUUGAAAGAGAAGGGGCUAUCACCUUCCGGACUAGGACCCAAAGAGGCACUUGGUUUAAUCAACGGCACUGCCCCUUCUGUGGCUGUCGCCAGUUUGGUACUCUAUGACGCGCAACAACUCGCACUGCUUGCUCAGAUGCUCACAGCCUUUGCUGCUGAAUGCAUGGGCGGAAAUGUUGAAUGGGCUCAGCCCUUCAUUCAUGCCGCACGCCCCCAUACCGGUCAAAUCGAGGCAGCCAGCAACAUUCGCCGGUUCUUGAAUGGCUCCAAAUUUGUCGAUGGUCUGGAGUCGAGGAAGAGAACCGGUGAAGGACUCUGGCAAGAUCGCUACUCAACCAGAACUGCCCCACAGUGGAUUGGACCGUACCUGGAGGACCUCCUCCUUGCGCAACAUCAGCUGGAGGUCGAACUCAAUUCUACAUCUGAUAACCCACUCAUUAAUCCUGCAGAACAGGGCUCUGGAGAUGUCUACUCGGGCGGAAACUUCCAGGCAGUUGUGGUCACCUCUGCCAUGGACAAGACACGCCUCGCUCUUCAAAUGAUCGGUCGCAUGCUUUGGUCUCAGGUCAGUGAGAUCAUUGGCCCGAAUACAAACAAUGGCCUGGAGGCCAAUCUCAACCCUAGCGACCACGAGAACUACACCAUGAAAGGCAUCGAUGUCAACAUGUCAGCAUACAUGUCUGAGCUGGCAGCGUUGGCGCAUCCAGUUUCUUCCCAUGUAAUGUCCGCCGAAAUGCAUAAUCAGGGCAUUAAUUCACUGGCGCUGAUUUCAGCUCGACGCACCAUGGAAGCUGUGGACCUGGUCGCCCACAUGAGCGCUUGUCAUAUCUACGUGUUGUGCCAGGCUGUCGAAAUGCGCGCAAACCAUAUGCGAUUUCUUUCGAAAUUUCACGAGAAGUUGAAGAGCCUCCUUCCAGACGGCGCAAUGUGUGAUCUGGGAUUAAAUGGAUCGCAAAUCGAGAUUCUCGCUCAAUCCAUACAACCCCUCAUCGAAUCAACAUGGUAUCAUUGGAAUUCCAACACUUGGAAAGACCGUAUACCACAUGUUGUGGAUGCUGUAGUUUCCCCGGUGACGGAGUUUCUGGUUAGCAACGAACAUGAUUGCUCGGUAUCAACGCUUGUCGCUUUUAAGAAACAUUUCCAAACAAUUCUAAAAGACACGGCCGACCGCAUGUUUUACCCCAGUCCGACCAUCCCCCCGAUAGAGGUAGCCACCCAGUUGGGUGAUGGAUCCUCGCAGCUAUAUACUUGGGUCCGCUCAAAGCUCCAAAUACCCCUGCACUGUGGUCUUAAAGAUGACCCCUUGUAUAAUGCCAGACAAGGUCUACCUACCGAUGACAAAAAAACUAUUGGGAGCCGAGUGAGUGCUAUUUAUGAGAGCUUGAUUCACGGUGAAAUGAUGGAUAUGGUUCUAGAUGGAGUAGAUACUGGUCGGAGCUUUCCUGAUGUCUGCUUUUCAUGCUUGGCGCCGAAAUAG